GGAGUUCAGGGAAUAUCAGGACAAAAAGGUGUGAAAGGUCGGAGAGGACCACCUGGAAAACCAGGCAUUCCCAGCCAGCAGAUACCAGGGCACAAUACUCCACCUCAUGCUCAGAAAAGAGGAUCACAAAAUAAAGCACGGUUAUUAUCCAGGAUGUCUCGAUUUGAUGACCCUGAAGAUGAGAUUGAGGAAGGAACCAAAGACAACCCAGCAACCACCUGCAGAGAGCUGAGUCUCAUCCAGCCUCACCUCAGAGAUGGGCUCUACUACAUUGAUCCAAACCACGGAUGUCCGAUUGAUGCUCUCCGUGUGUUCUGUAAUUUUACUGCUGGUGGUCUAACUUGUGUGUCUCCUGUCCAGUCUAAAAUUUCAGGGAUGUGGCUAUCAGCGGACAGAUCUAAAAAGUGGUUUAGUGAGCUUGAUAGAGGCUUCAAGGUAACAGCACAGGUGAGGGUUCUGGGGAAUUCAGAGCUUCACGGAGGAGACGUGCAACUACUUCCCAUAAGAGAUGUUCUUUUGCAGGGCGGAGGAGAAACCUGGGAAGGAGAUUCGAGCAUCAUCCUUGGACAUUUGUGCUUUUUAUAG